AUGGCCAUCAUCCAGGUGGAACCGUGUCAGCCACGGACCCAGCCGCUCGACGCACCGAACCCAGGUACUGGAAGACCGUUUUUGUCUUGUUCCGGGGGUGAGAAACACGCAACACGCGUUUUUAGGCCCGGUGCCGGCGGAGAGCGACUGGAGCCCGCCCGAUUCGUGGUUGUGCGCGACGAACAAAGUGCCGGAGCCGGUUGGGACCGUCCAGAACGUGACAAACACGGAUGAUGCUCAUUCUCAGACUAGUGCUCCCGCUGACCAGGUAAUAUUGUCGGGUUCUGUCUGCAAAGUUUGAAAAGAAGCUUAGACCCCGAAAAGUUCGAAAAAUACCUUUUUCUUUUCAGCAAACCGUCGGAACCACUACUGGCACCGUGUCGCUGUUCUCGUGGAUCCGUCAGCUCAUCUGCAUGCCCGGUCCGAAGGAUUCCAGCGUCGUGGCCGACAACAAUUGA